AUGGAGUCGAACGAUUCUUUGCAAAGCUCCCAUCCCAUGGGACAAGGUUACUCGCCACCGAACACUUCUCAGAAACCUGCAUCACCUGCUGGAGACAGUGCGGGUCGCCAAAUCGGAUUUUCGGUGGAUGCUGUAUCCAUCACAGGCAGCAGCGAUCAGAAAACAUAUACUACCGAGCCUACAGCUGGCACAGUGCCUGAUCAGACAGACAAAUUAUCCUUCACUCUUCUCUACGAUCCAGAGUCACCUUCGGUGUUAAGAGGAUGUUCGGACAAUGCACAAAAUCAAUUCAAUAGGCCCCGGGCAUCCGAUGUCGCAGUUGAUAAUGCGAGUGGAACCCGAACCGCUCGUUCAACCCGCUCCUCCAGUCGAGCCCCUCGAAGACUCAGCGGGAGUACAGCAACAAGCUCAAUUAGUGAAACGGAAAUCCGCCUCUCAAGUAUUGGCAGGAUAGGUGUUUGUGCCUUGGAUGUGAAAGCACGCAGCAAACCGAGCCAAAACAUCCUCACGCGCCUCCAGGCCAAGGGUGGUUUUGAAGUGAUUGUUUUUGGUGACAAGGUUAUUCUAGAUGAGGCCGUAGAGAACUGGCCUGUAUGUGAUUUCUUGAUUGCAUUCUUCUCGGAUGGGUUUCCGCUGGAAAAGGCAAUCGCCUAUGCCAGACUGCGGAAACCGUUCUGCGUGAAUGAUCUGCCAAUGCAAAAAGUCUUGUGGGACCGACGACUGUGUUUGCGAAUACUAGAUCAUAUGAGUGUCCCAACCCCGAAAAGAUUGGAGGUCAACCGUGACGGUGGACCUAGGUUAGAGUCUGCUGAGCUGGCUCAGCACGUUUACAGAUUGUCAGGGGUCAAACUUGAUGGUCCCGAGGAUGGUACUGGAGGCGGCUUUCCCACGACUCAGACUGUCUCAAUGUCCGAUGAUGGGGAAUCUCUGAUUGUGGAUGGAAAGGUUUUUCGAAAGCCGUUUGUCGAGAAGCCAGUUGAUGGAGAGAACCACAACAUUCACAUAUACUUCCCGAAUGAUCAGCAAUAUGGUGGGGGAGGCAGAAGGCUCUUCCGGAAAGUCGGAAACAAAAGCUCGGAAUACGACCCCAAUCUCGUUGUCCCUAGAUCCGUCACUGAAAAAGAGACGAGCUAUAUCUACGAACAGUUCUUGAGGGUGGACAAUUCUGAAGACGUCAAGGCUUACACAGUGGGACCUGAUUUCUGCCAUGCAGAGACGCGCAAAUCGCCGGUGGUUGAUGGAGUUGUGCGUCGUAAUACACAUGGAAAGGAGCUUAGGUACAUCACAAAGCUAAGCAAGGAAGAGGCAGCAGUUGCAUCCAAGAUAUCAAAUGGGUUCGGCCAAACGAUCUGUGGCUUUGACAUGCUUCGCGUUGGAGAAAGGAGCUAUGUGAUUGAUGUUAAUGGCUGGAGCUUUGUCAAGGACAAUAACGACUACUACGACAAGUGUGCAAGCAUCCUUAGCGACAUGUUCCUGAAUGAGAAGCGUAAGAAAGAUGGCUCUCAAAGACCGAGGGAGUCUGUUUCCCCAGAUUCAGGCCAUCAUUCAAGACACUCUGUUUCCCAUAGACACACACUGAAGACUUUACUGAAAUCUCCGUCCGCUUCCAAACUCUAUGGGAGUCAUAAGAAUCUUGACACUAACCCCUUGGACCUUGGGACCUUGGCCCAGACAAACUCUGGCGUGGAGAGUGUUACCCACAGGAAAAGCCAAGCAAGUCUCAAUCCUGGCCAAACGAAUGACUCGAGCUUUGGGGACGCAAAUACGAAGUCGCCAAAGUCAACUGGCCUUCCUGUUGAAAAGUCGUCUGUGCCGCCUCCGCCUCCAGCAUCAAAACACUCUUGGAAGCUCAAGGGUAUGGUUGCGGUUAUACGACAUGCUGACCGCACGCCGAAGCAGAAAUUCAAAUUCACCUUUCACAGUCAACCCUUUAUUGAUCUCUUGAAGGGUCAUCAGGAAGAAGUGGUGAUCAAAGGGCAGGCAGCCUUGGCCAGCGUCUCCGAUGCGGUCAGAAUUGCAAUGGAACAGAAGCUCGAAGACAUGGACAAACUCAAGCUACUUCGCACGUCCCUCGAAAAGAAAGGCGGCUGGCCCGGAACAAAGGUCCAAAUCAAACCCAUGUUUCGUAAACGAACGGAGGAGGAAUUAGAUACGCCUGAUCCUCAGCAUCAAUUAAUUGAAGCGUCCCAGGUCGAACCAGCCUCUAACGUCCCCAUUGAAGACCGGAGACCUGGUCGAUCGCCAACCCGGAGUGAUUCGAUAUCGGGAACCACAUUUUCGAGAUUCUCCGCUGUCGAAAAUGAUCUCAUAAUAGAUAAAUUGCAGCUUGUAAUCAAAUGGGGCGGGGAGCCAACGCACGCUGCACGUUACCAAUCACAGGAUUUGGGGCUUAACAUGCGAGAUGAUUUGAAGUUGAUGAAUAAAGAAGCUUUGAACAAUGUUCGAAUUUUUACAAGCUCAGAACGAAGAGUGAGCACGAGUGCUCAAAUCUGGGCCUGUUCUUUCCUCGAUCAGAAAGAGCUUCCGGAUGACUUCAUUCAAGUACGCAAAGAUCUUCUCGAUGACUCUAACGCUGCCAAGGAUGUCAUGGAUAAAGUGAAGAAGAAACUCAAAUUGCUUUUACGAGAAGGAUCUGCGCCAUCCCAGUUUACAUGGCCUAAGGAUAACAUUCCCGAACCAUCAGUUGUUCUCGCUACUGUGGUGGAGUUGAUGAAAUUCCACAGAGAUGUUAUGAGAUACAAUUUCCAGAAACUCGACAACUCUCCGCAUCGCCAAUCUGCUGCCCUUGUUAUUGACGAUGUAGCGUUUUCGAAUACUGGCCAACGUGGGGAUAAUCCUACUCUUUCCUCUAUUCAAGGCAGGUGGUGUACGGGUGAAGAUCCAAUGCUCUUCAAAGAGCGGUGGGAAAAGCUAUUUGCCGAGUUCUGCGACACUGAAAAGGUCGAUCCAAGCAAACUCUCCGAGUUGUAUGACAGCAUGAAGUUCGAUGCACUGCACAACAGACAUUUUCUGGAAUGGGUCUUCAUGCCUCCAGAUGAUGCCAAUAUCGAGGACGAACAUGAUAGACGUUCUUCCAACAAUACCACGCGUGGUGACCUUGUUGGAGACAAACGGUCCACCCAUGGCGGCUCUAAUACCGAAGCAGCCGAGGAAAUGGCCGAAAAUCCGACCUUGACACACUUUCGUCGCUUCAAAAAGCGAGCGCAUAUAUUCGAGUCAAUGCCGCAUCUCAGGGCUCUCGAUGAUUCUUACGAUCAUUAUUUCAAGCUAUACCCCGGUUCUAGUUCCACGAAAGCUAAGAUGGAUGGGCGGCUCUCGAAACUGAGGGAAUUGUACAAACUAGCCAAAGUUCUCUUUGAUUAUGUGACUCCCCAGGAGUAUGGGAUUACUGAUUCAGAGAAAUUGGAGAUAGGCUUAUUGACCUCUCUGCCCCUUCUUCAGGAGAUUGUUAGGGAUCUUGAGGAAGUUCAGGCCUCUCCCGACGCCAAAUCCUUUUUUUAUUUUACUAAGGAGUCUCAUAUCUAUACCCUCCUAAAUUGCAUAUUGGAAGGAGGCAUACAAACAAAGAUAGCCAGAACCGCUAUACCUGAGUUGGAUUACCUGUCUCAAAUAUGCUUCGAGCUUUACGAGGCUAAGGACUGUGAGUCGUCCACAAGCUCCUAUUCAAUUCGCAUCUCCAUAAGUCCUGGCUGCCACGCUUUUGAUCCACUGGAUGUGCAACUUGAUUCACGGCACGCAAUCGGCUGUGCUCCAAGAAGAAGUCUCACAGCGCACCAAGAUUGGAAGGAGGUCAUUGAGACCCUCAAAGCAAAAUUCGAUACUGUCAAGCUCCCCAAGACGUUCAUUGCAGUCAAUCUUAGCGAUAAGCAUGUUUCAAAUUACUAA